AUGGAACGGCGCACAACAGAACCCACCGCUAUCAGCACCAGUCGCUACAGAGCAGAGCUCGUGAAGCUCAUGUCGUUUAAGGACGACAAGACAUACGACGCCUCGCAUUCCUUCACCGCAGAGAAGCUCCUCAGUAUCACACCCACCCUCGUGUGUCACUGGAUGAACAAGAGGGCGUACGGAGACCCAGAACCGAACGAAGACAUCAGACCCAUACAUGUAAGAUCAAGUAUCGCUAAAAAGGCCGUAUCAGCGUUCAUGCCACGGCUAAACAAGACGUGGGAUCCAGUGGCAAAGCAAGGUAACCCAACACGCUCAGAUGAUGUCAACAAACUAAUCAAGUGA